AUGGUGUUUGAAACGUUCAAAAAAUUCAUUAAAUUCACAUCAAAACCAGCUCAACCCUCCAAUACAAACAAUCAAGAUAAAGAUAAUAAUAAUAAUAAUAAUAAAAACAAAGAUAAAGAUAAUAACAACAAUAAUAAAUCCACCGAAAACAAACUUACAAAUAAUAACAUCUCCUCUAGUUCUCUGCAAAAUACAUCUACUGACCAGUCCUCCUCCUCAUUUUCCCUACAUCCUUCUGAUUACAUAGAUGAUGCUGAUUCCGAUCUAAUGUCUGAAACCUAUAAAAGCACAAACAAAAAUAACAAUAGUAAUAAUGAUAAUGGCUCAAUAAAUUCUGCAAAUUCAAACAAAUCAACAAUAUCAGAAAGACUAAGAAAAUUAAAUCAAAGAUUAGCUGCCAAUCAUAAAUUAAACGACAAUUUACCGAACCAUCCCCAAUUAUACCCAAGAUAUAAACUAAUUAAAAAAAUUGGAGAGGGUGCUUUUUCCAAAGUCUUUAAAGCUUAUGAUUUGAAACUAAACAUAAUAGUCGCAAUCAAAAUUAUCAACUACAAAAAUUUAAAUGACUCCCAAAUUAAUUCAAUUAAUCAAGAAAUCAUCAUAAUGAAAAAAUUAAAUCACAAAAAUAUCAUUAAACUAUACAAUCACAUUAAAUCAAACGAAAACUUCUUCUUAAUUUUAGAAUACUGUAAAGGUGGUGAAAUUUUUAAUCAAAUUGUUCAUUAUACUUAUUUUUCCGAGGAUUUAUCAAGACAUAUAAUCAUUCAAUUGGUUAAAGCUGUGAAAUACUUACAUGACGAAGUUGGGAUCGUUCAUCGAGACAUUAAACCAGAAAAUAUCCUUUAUACCCCAAUAAUAUACAAACCAAGAUCUGAAAAAGAUUUUUUAGCAUCAAAAAGAAAAUCAGAUACAAACGAAAAAAAAGAUGAAGGUUACUUUAUCGACUCUGUUGGUGCAGCUACUAUUGGUGAAAUCAAACUAGCCGAUUUUGGCUUAUCGAAGAUUUUGACAACCGAUUCAAACCCAAAAACUCCCUGUGGAACAUUAGGUUAUUCUGCUCCAGAGAUAAUUAAAGAUGGCUCUUAUUCUAAAGCUGUAGAUAUUUGGAGUAUUGGUUGUGUUUUGUAUAUACUAUUAUGUGGUUUUCCCCCGUUUUAUUCAAAAGCAACUGGUGACCCAGGGAAAGAUAAAAAUAUAUUAGAAAAAAAGACAUUGAAAGGUGAUUUUGAAUUUCUAAAACCUUGGUGGGAUGAAAUUGGCGAUGACGCAAAGGAUUUGAUUAAAAAUUUAUUAAACGUUAACCCAUUAAAAAGAUAUACUAUAAAUCAAAUUCUUACCCAUAAAUGGAUUUUAAAUGAAGAUAUUUCAGGUUCAAAACAUGAUUACAUUGACGAUUAUUUUUCUCACAAAGUAAAUCUCCAACUUCCUAAAAGAUCAAAUAAGUUUGGUGAACCCACUACCGAAAUAAAUAUAUUUAAUGUUACUUCAAAAAAUCAUUCAAUUCCAUCUUUUAAUAGUGAAUCUUAUCAGAAAAAAAUUUCGGAAUUUAAAAAAAGUGAUAAUAGCAAAAAAUUUAAUCAUGAUUCGUCUUGUAAUAUCAUAAAGAGGCCUGAAGAAAAUGAACCUGAAAGUUACCAUUUUGAACCAAGAAAGCAGAUUAGUCUUUUGAAAAGUUUUGAUCAAUCAAUUGCUAUUCAAAGGCAAAACUCAGAACUAUUGGUUAACGGAUUAGGUAGCUCUUUGAUAAUCAACCCUAAUAUUUUAUCAAAGCUGAAUUUUACUAAUUUUGAAGGCAUAGAAGAGAAUAUUGAAGCAGAAAGCAUUACCUCACAUUUUACUAAUGAUUCUCCCAAUAAUGAUCAUGAAGACGAUAGUUUUAGUACAGAUGAAAGCGAUGGAGACAAUGAAAGUAUUGAUGAUCUGCCAUUAAAAAAGGUAGAAGAAAUACGAUCGACUUUUAAUGCUAAAAGGAAUCUUGUUGAUACUGAUAAUUGUUUAGGUCAUACGAAUUUACUUAAAAAUUCUUCUUUAGAGAUAUCUAGUUCAAACUCAACAUUUUUAGAUGAUGAUGAUGAUGACGAUGAUGACGAUGAUGACGAUGACAAUGAUGACGAAAAUAAUGAUAAUGACGAUGAUUUAUAUGAUGAUUAUCCUGAAUAUCCAACUUAUAAUUUCGGUGGAGUCAAAAACUCGUAUUUUAGAAAUGGGACUGGGAAUAAUAUAAACUCAUUAAUGGUGCCGUUGAAUUUGGGUUUAAAUAGAGUCUCGAAUAUGAUUGAAGAUUUUUCGGAUACAGGCUUUGUAACUGGUGAAAGAAAUGAUGAUUCUGAAAGAGUUGUUGAAUUCAGUGAAGAUGAAGAUGAGGACGAAGAGUAUAAUGCAAUUCCUCAAUCUAACAAACGCAAAAGUUCAAUGAGAUUGAAUAAGAAUACUAUUUCAAUAAUUUUACCUCGACGUUCUGAUCAAUAUUCACCCAAAAGAACUAGAAGGCAUUCAAUGUCACUAGAUACAAAACCUGUUUUAAUAACUCCCCAAAGAAGAGUAAAUUAUGAACUUCCAGGAAAUAAUUUUCAAAGAAAUUCAAUAAAAAGUUUUGUUGCCACUACUCCGGUUAUAUAUAAUAAAAGCCCUAAUAAUAAUAAUAAUAAUAAUAAUAAGGUACUAUUUUCUGAUGAAAGAAAAGUAUCCACGUCAAUUCUAGUAAAAGAUAAUGUUAAUGAAGGCGUUAAAUUUAAAAUAAGUAAUGGUAAUAUGAAUGGAGUUUCUCAAAAUAAAAAAACUCAUUUCCCAGAUGCAGUAAUUAAUAAAAAAAAAACUCACAGGUCAUUACCGAAAACACCAUUACCUAUAGCAGAUAAUUCCCAAACUGAAAUCAGUUCUUCCUUUAUUGAUUUGAGCGAUGUUGAAUACGACGAAGGUUAUGGUGGUUAUUAUGGCAACAAUGAUUUUAAAAAAGAUUCUAUUAGCUUUGUUUCUAAUUCUGUUUUAAAUUCUAGUCCAAUUUUAGAGAAAAAAGAUAUAAACCCAAAUCCUAAAGUUGAAAAUAGAUUCAGUUUGAAUAACAAUGAUAUUACAACAAAGAAGAUUAACUUUGGGUUGGAUUUAAAUAGUUCAAAGGUUAUGUCGCAACCUAAAAAAGUGGUUAGUUCAAAUUCAUCUUCCUGCACCCAUCUAUCGGAUAUUAACACUGCAACUUUCAAUUUAAAUAUUUCUGAAUCUUCAAUGUUCAACAGAAGAAAAAAUAAGUUAAAUCAAGCCAAUCUGACAUUGUUAAAUUUUCCGAAAUCUCCUAAUACCAAUAAAAUAAAUUAAACUCGAAUAUACAAGAUCAAAACAAUACAAUCAUCUUUAUUUCAAAUUAUUCACUUUUCAUGCUUCAAAUGUUUUUUUAUGCUUUUCUACUUAUUUAUUUAUUUACUUAUUCGUUUUUUAUUUUGUUUUCGGAUUUUCUAAAAAUGAAAUGC